UGUGUGCGCCCGUUUGUUGGUCGAAAGGGUAUUUCGCCAAUUAUAUCAGCUUUACGGUAAUCGGGGCAAGGAGCGUUCCAGAAAAUACCAGCGACAGGAGAGAGUAUUUGUAAUUUUGUGCGUUUUAAGGAACCGAAGAUGAUCGAGGUGGUCUGCAACGACCGUCUGGGCAAGAAAGUCCGGGUCAAGUGCAACUCUGAGGAUACCAUUGGAGAUCUGAAGAAGCUCAUUGCUGCCCAGACAGGAACACGGCACGACAAGAUUGUAUUGAAGAAAUGGUAUACCAUAUUCAAGGAUCACGUGUCUCUGGGUGACUAUGAAAUCCAUGACGGGAUGAACCUGGAGCUGUACUACCAGUAGACCAGAGAAGGACCACAGGACAAUGCUACACAAAUAAUACACACCCACACACAGAUGGAAUUGAUGGAACUGAUGGAAUCUAUCGCAGGAAGCCACAACUGAAAGAGAGGAGCUGUAUCUACAAAGCAGAAAAUCAAACACACGUGACAUAGAUUCCAGUUUUUAGCUUUUCAUUUUUGCCCACAAAUCAUUAUGUGAAAGACAUGUUGUUCUACAGAUAUUUUUGUUUUGAUAUUUUGGAAGUAAAGCUGACAUUUACCUACCUACAA